AUGUCGCUUUCCUGGCGCCCGCAAGAUCCUCGCAACGGACCGUCUGAGUCCUCCUUGUCCGAGUUGGAGAUAGCUGAGGCACUCGAGGCUCAGCAUCGCCACCCCGCACACGACAGCGACUCGGAGCCGCCGCAGUAUCCUGCCUCUGAGGCCUCGUCACCUCCCCGGCCGCCACCCUUCUCGUCGCUCUUCGCCCCUUUCCCCGACCCCGGCGGGCCCUCGGGCAAGGCAAUCGCCCACGACGCUUGUGCGUCUGCAUCGCUCGCCGCCGCCGUCGCUGCCGCGCCCGCCUACACAUACAAGCCGAGCCCCGAGUCGGAGCCCUUUGAUCCUGAUCAGGCCGCUGCCAGGGCCUUUUACGACCCCGUCGCCGAGAUCAAGAGCGUCCUUCCCCGCGAUACAAAGGGUGAAUCGAGUCGCAAGGACUACGACGCCGAGCCACCGCCUGCCUACUCAGAGGGCGACAGUCCUCUCCAGACCUUCACAUACGUCAUGUCGGCCGCCGGAGGAGCCUCGAGCAUCAUCACCCAGGUCCAGCAGGGCGGGCCGCCCAUCAACGCCAUCGGAGAUGUCGGCGCCGACGAAGCUAUCGCCAUGGACCUGCGGGGUACUCGAUUUGUACUCUCGCGGGACGAGCUGCUGACACUGCCCGAAUUCGUGCUCCUCUCUCUCUUCCCCAACGGUCUCUUUCCCGAGGGCCACAUGAACGGCUUUUCCGAGAACGACGCUGUUCAGGUCGACUAUGAUCCAGCUUCGCUACAGUACAUGCUCGACUUUUUCCGCAACGUGGCCCAGUCGAUCCCGUCGGAGCCAUCGCCCGCCACAUCGCAGGACGGCGAAGCGAUGCCCGUGGAUUCUCUUGGGUCGCGUGACGAUUCCUCGAAGCGUGCGGGCAUCAUCGUGUUGAGGGAAGACCUCGACUUUUACGCGAUUCCACCCCGCGCAGAUAUCAACCAGCCGGACAUGAUCAAAGUUAAGCGCGCCGCGGCUCUUGCGCUCCAGCAGCAGGAUGGCAUCUUUUCUGGGCUGAAGCGAAGCGACGAACCGGGAACCACCGAGGCCCAUCUUAUCGAGAUGCUGACCGCAGGGGGCUUCAACCACGACGACCGCUGGGGUCACCGAGCAGGCGAGCCUAACAAGGCCGUCAUCUGCAGUCUGGCCCUGGCCCGGCUGCGCAGCGACAUACGGGGCAACGACAUGGGGACGAGCGCGGUGGGCAUGGCGCAAAAGCUGCUGCUCUUCUGGAGGAAGCCGGCGCGCCGCUGCUGGUGGGAGGGCAUCGAGCUGGACAACAUCGAGGGCGUCGAGGGCACGCUCAAGGUGUGGAUCCGGCGCGUGUGGACGCUGGAGAUGAGCGUCAUUGGGCUGCGGUGA